AUAUUUAAACAUUAUGAUGCUACCAAAAUAUAUUUAAACAUUUCGAUCCUGCCAAAAGUUCUAUAUCAAGAUGAGUGGUGGUGGAGAAGGAGGUGAAGAAGGACUUGAUUUGCAAUUUACUCCAACAUGGAUUGUUGCUCGUGUUUGCACCGUCAAUGUUGCCGUUUCAUUUGCCGUUGAUCGUGCUCUUCGUUAUAUUGGCAAGUUUCUGAAGAAGAAAAAUAAAAAACUACUCUUUCAAGCCUUGCAAAAUAUCAAAGAAGAGUUGAUGUUGUUGGGUUUAUUUUUCUAUUUUUGAAUGUAACACAUAAUAAAAUCACAAAAAUAUGUGUUUUUGAGAAUUGGACUCAUCAUAUGGUUCCUUGAAGUCUUGUUGGUAAAACGAUCUGCUAGACAUAUUUUAGGUGAUGAUCAUCCAUCAACAGAAGAAACACUUGGAUACUGUUCUGUUAUGUUGAAAAGGAAAAUUUGAGUUUUGAUCCUUUUUAUCUUAUUCAAAGUUUUAAAUUUUGGCCGCAAUUUUAUCACAAUUUUUGCAAUUGUGGAAAAUUAAAUACAAGAUUAUUAAAAUAAGGAAAAUUGCAAAAUUCAUAAUUGUGUUUGCCAUGUGGUUGCAAUUGUUGAAACUUUUGAACCUUUACAUUAGACACAAAUUUUUUAUAUA